UCCGCACCGGAGGACCAGAGUAAAGUUCAUUUCACCUUCCAUCGCAUCUUCGGAGGCGGACACCGAGACGCCCGCUGUCGCUCCUCGCCGCCAGUCCCCCUUAAACUAAGCGGCAUUGUAGUAGGGUAUGUAGGGAGAGUUUGCAGUAGUGCUGCGGUAUACACUGUAGGCUAUCAAUGAAUGAAUUAACCACCAUGGAUAAAGCGGUUCCAGGUUUCUGAUGAAAUAUUGAUGCAAAAGCCGGUGUGCAUGACACAACCGCAAAUGCGAACCGACAAAGGAAGUUUAACCGGUGAUUAAAAGUCAUUGUGGAUUUGAAACACAGCGAAGUUCCAAUACCACCGUCAUUCAUUAACGCGCUAUAAAUUUGUAAACCCUCUCACCAUGAACGUUAAAAUCUCCGUCGGUUGUACUUUGGCGUUCACCUUAGUGGACCUCAUCCUCAGCACGGUGCUCUACUGCCACGGCUCGCGACUCAGCAGCUUCUCGGAGGACCUCCUGGACUUCAACGUCCUCCUGUCCCUUGUGGACCUCUGGGGCUGCGUCCUGAUCAGGGCAUGCCUGCUGAUUGGGGCCUCCGCGGGGGUGCUAUGGAACCGAGAGCUGGGUCCCCGACGGGUCUCCCAGCUGUACACCCUGGUGCUGCUGGUCUCCUUGGCCCUGGGGACCUUCGCCCUGGUGAAGCUGCUCAUCCUGUCGGAGCGAGAGGGGGGUCUGACCCCCUGGUUCCUGGGCCUGUUCUCCUGGACUUGUGUCUCGUCCCUGGGGAUGGUGCUGCUCUGGGGGCUCCUGGGGAAGGAGACCGUCCCGGGUGGGGGUGGUGGUGGUGGUGACGGAGGAGGAGAUGAGGACAGGGAGAGACUGGUGGACGACCGGGAGAAGGAGGAGGAGGAGAAGGAGGAGGGAGAAGAGGGUCUGGGGAGGAGAACUGGUGCGAAGGCGGGCCCCCAGAAGACGGGCUCCGGGGCCACGUUGGGACGCCUGCUUUGGUACUGCAGCGAGGACGUGGGGCUGCUCUCCACCGCCUUCCUCUUCCUGCUCAUCUCGGCUGUGUGUGAAGCCUUCCUCCCCUACUACACGGGGAAAGCCAUCGAUGGCAUCGUGACUCAACAGAGCAUGGAGGACUUCACCCAGCCACUGCUCAAGCUCUCUGCACUGGCCCUAGCCAGCGCGCUGGCCAUCGGCGUGCGUGGGGGCGUGUUCUCGCUGACCCUGGCCCGGCUGAGCCUCCGUCUGAGGAACAAGCUCUUCAGGUCCCUGAUGAGGCAGGAGAUCGGCUUCUUCGACGCGAACCACACAGGUGACAUCACGUCCCGGCUGACGUCGGACACCACCCAGGUGAGCGACCUGGUGUCGAUCAACGUCAACAUCUUCCUGCGCAGCGCGGUGAAGGCGGUGGGCUUCUUCGUGUUCAUGUUCGGCCUCUCCUGGAGGCUGACUCUGGUCACGCUCAUGGGCUUCCCCUUCAUCGCCGUGGUCUCCAAGGUGUACGGGGAAUACUACAAGCGCCUGACGAAGGAGGUGCAGACGUCGCUGGCGGCGGCCAACAAGGUGGCGGAGGAGGUGAUCUCCUCCAUGCGGACGGUGCGGAGCUUCGCCUGCGAAGAGCGUGAGGCGGACUCGUACUACAGCCGGCUGCUGGUCAUGUACCGACUCAACCGCCGGCAGGCCCUGGCCUACGCCUGCUUCGCGUGGUCCAGCUCUUUGUCUGAGCUGGCCCUGGAGGUGGCCAUCCUCUACUACGGGGGUCACCUGGUGGUCUCGGGCCAGAUGACGGGGGGCACCCUCAUCGCCUUCGUCAUCUACGCCCUGGAGCUCGUGGAAUGCCUGGAGAGCAUCUCGUCGGUCUACUCGGGCCUCAUGCAGGGCGUGGGCGCGGCUGAGAAGGUGUUUGAGUACCUGGACCGAGAGCCGCAGCACAGGAACGACGGCCAGGAGGCCCCGCCCACCUGCACCGGAUUGGUGGAGUUCAGGGACGUGACGUUCGCCUACCCCACGCGGCCGGAGACGGCCAUACUGAAGGGCGUGUCCUUCACCCUGCGUCCGGGCGAGGUAACGGCCCUGGUCGGGCCCUCCGGCAGCGGGAAGAGCUCGUGCGUGGGGCUCCUGGAGAACUACUACCCCCCGGGGGGCGGCCAGGUGCUGCUGGACGGACGGCCCGUGCACACGUACCGCCACGACCACCUGCACUCUGCGGUGUCUCUGGUGGGCCAGGAGCCCGUCCUGUUCGCCCGCACCGUGGAGGAGAACAUCUCCUACGGGCUGACGGACGUCUCCAUGGAGACGGUGGUGGAGGCGGCCUCCCAGGCCAACGCCCACGACUUCAUCAGCGCCCUGACCCGGGGCUACCACACGGGGGUCGGAGAGAAGGGGACCCAGCUGUCGGGGGGCCAGAAGCAGCGGGUGGCCAUCGCCAGAGCCCUGAUCCGCCAGCCGUGCGUCCUGAUCCUGGACGAGGCCACCAGCGCCCUGGACGCCGAGAGCGAGCACAUCGUGCAGCAGGCGCUGGGCGCGGUGAUGCACGGCCGCACGGUGCUGGUGGUGGCCCACCGCCUCAGCACGGUGGAGCGCGCCCACAACAUCCUGGUGCUGGAGGCGGGCGCCGUGGCGGAGCAGGGCAGCCACGCCCAGCUCAUGGCCCGCGGCGGGCUCUACUGCCGGCUGGUGCAGAGGCAGCUGCGGGGGCUGGAGGCCGGCGAGGCGGAGGUCCCGACCGCCCCCACAGGAGGAGGAGGAGGAGGAGGAGAGGAAGAAGAGGAAGAGCGGCCGGCGUGGACGGACGCUGGCUGCGGCGGCGGCGGUGGCGGGUUGUAGCGCGCCGCUCUGCUGUGAUGCGGUCGCCGUGACGUCACGGCGCGAUGUCAUGGCGACAAGGGAUGGGAUGAAGCCCCUUGUCCGAGACAAGGGGCUUCAUCCGAUCAUUUACUUUUAGUUUGGGCGUUUAGCAGACGCUUUAUCCAAAGCGACUUAUCACUUGUCGGCGUGUUGUCACGGCGACGGGUGAUGGGAUGAACUCGGUUGUCAUGGGAGACGUGGGUCCCAGGAUGAACUCACUGCCGGCGGGAAAAGGACGAACUCACUAGCUGACCAUGACAACAAGGGAUUCAUCCUAUCACUUGUCGGCGUGUCGUCAUGGCGACCAGUGAUGGGAUGAAUGUUAUCAAUGGUCAACGUGGAGGCCUAGGGUGACCUCACUUGUUGACCCCCUAAUCCCUUUAUAGUGGACACUAUGGAGCAUACUGUUUAUGGAACGAGGGAGGCAGGGAAUAAGAGGGAAUUUAGACACUUAUUAUGCACCGGGAAUCAACCCGAACGCCAUGGAUUGGGGGCAUAAGUCAGCCUACCUACUACACGCUACUCGCUCUAUCUACCAUGCAGUCUGCUGGGGUGGAGGGAGGAGGGAGGAGGGAGGGGGGAGGAGGGAGGAGGGAACAGAAGUUGUGCACUGCU